AUUAGUUUUGACUUUUGUUUCGAAGUUCUGGACAUGAUCAUGCUAAUGGCAACCAUCAUUUAAUCCUGAUUCAGUGACUGUUAUCCAAUAUCAGCAUGGAAAACCUGAACGCUGUUCUUAAAAAGAACGAAUGCUGAGUUAGAAUUUAGAUGAAUUUUAAAAAUGGCUUCAUACCUGAGCUAUGUGAGGAGAGGCUACCACACCUGCAACAUUGAAGGAAAGCUGGCCUUAAAAAGAUGGUCCAGGAGCAGAAGUUCUUUUCAAAGGAGUGGCUGCACAGUUAAUGUCCAUCAGUCCUAUUUUAUGUCAACUACAAGCAAAGACAAGCCAAGAGUGAAUGAAAUCAAUAUCCAAAUGAUUCCAGAGAAACUGCAUGAACAAAUUUUUCCAAAAGUAGAUACAAAAGAGAAAAAGGCAGUAAGUGGAUUGGAUGACAUCAAGAAUAACCUGGCUGCACAUGGUUUAUGGGAUAAAAACACCACAGUAUUGGAUGAUGUGACAUUUGAUCUUCCAAAACUCCAUGGAAACUCGGUCACCGAUCACUUCUACAGCAUUGCCAAUCAGCAGCUAGAUGGAUACAUACAGCUGACGCAAAUGUUAAUGGGAGGUCCAAUUCCACCCAAACCAAAGAAAUGGUCCCAAAGAGCAGGCUGGACAAAGUAUGAUCCAAAAACAGGAAAAGCUACUGCUGUCAAAUACCCAGAGGAAGACAUAUUUGUGUUUGAUGUGGAAAUUCUAGUAAUGGAGGGACAUUAUCCUACAAUGGCUACUGCUCUUUCUCCAACAAACUGGUACUCAUGGUGUUCAGAAGCAGUAACAAAGGAUAAAUUCCGCUGGACCAGAAACCCGAGACUUUGUGAUCUGAUUCCUUUGGAGUCUUCUCCAGAGGAACAUGGCUGUCAUCUCAAGAAAGGUCGGAAAAAGAUUGUCAUUGGUCAUAAUGUGGGAUUUGAUAGAUCCUUUGUUAAGGAGCAGUAUUACAUUAAGAAAUCCCAGGUGCGUUUCUUAGACACCAUGUCCUUACACAUUGCCCUGUGUGGUAUGACGAGUUUCCAACAGGUGCUGUACCAGUCCAGUAAGAAAUCCACCAACAGGAAAGAUGUACGGGAGUACAUGGAAAUGAAGUCCUCCAGGAAACAAAUGGUUGACAGCUACUGGACCAACGAGAGCACCAUGAAUAACCUGAAUGAUGUGUACCAGCACCACUGUGGAGGGCGGCCCCUGGAGAAAGCCACCAGGGAUGUGUUCGUGAAGGGCAGCAUGGCCGAUGUCAGGGAUAUGUACCAGGAGCUGUGUACAUAUUGUGCAAGUGAUGUUGAAGCAACACUCCAUGUAUUUAGAAAAGUGUGGCCACAGUUUCUAGAAAGAUUUCCCAACCCUGUUACUCUGUCAGGAAUGAUGGAAAUGGGAAGUGCCUACUUGCCAAUCAAUCAAAACUGGGAGAGGUAUUUGAACCAGUCGGAUGCUGUGUAUGAUGAUCUACAGAAUGAGUUAUCCCGGUUGCUGCAGAAGUUGGCCAACGAGGCUUGUGAAUUGUUGCAUGACAAGAGAUAUGAGGAGGACCUUUGGCUUUGGGAUCUAGAUUGGAGUGUUAAUACUUAUAAACUAAACAAACCCAAAAAGAAACCCAAAGACACAAACAAGGAGAAAACACCAGAUGAAAUCCUAGAAGACAUUUUGGCAUCUAAAGAUAGAAUCCCAAAAGUUUCUCGUCACAUGGUUGGGUAUCCAGCUUGGUACAGAGAACUGUGCCCCAGAACCUCAGACCCUGACUGGAAGCCUGGUCCCUCCCUGGUCUCCACCUCCCGCCGCAUCACCCCUAAACUUCUGCGAAUGACCUACAAGGGUUACCCUUUGCACUAUGAUGACAAAUAUGGCUGGGGUUACCUAAUCCCAGACAAACACAAAGCUGCCUCUGACAGACAGAAGCUAGCCAUGGCUGAAGAAGGGAUGUCCAAAUUCCCAAUCGCAAACCUGUUUAAGAUGUGCAAUGAGUCCGUCUCGGAGGGUUUGCUGGUUCCCAUGUCUGACAAGGAGCUAGAAAGCAUGCUGAACACGGCCAAGGAUGACAUGGAGUGGACAGAGAGAGCCAAACACCUGGAUGAGGCUGGUAUCAAAAAGCAGGCCAAGAAAAAGGACGACAUCCUUGAGGUUAAGGAGACUAAAUAUGAUAUUGGAAUUCCAGGUUGCUGGUUUCAAAAGCUUCCUCACAAAGAUGGAAAAGGAAGCAAUGUUGGGAACCCUCUGUCUAAGGACUUUCUGCCCCUCAUAGAGACAGGUGUCCUCAAAUCUCUGUUGAUCACAGCAGAAAACGUUCUCAAACUGACCAAAAUGUGUUCUUACUGGAAAAAUAACAGAGACAGAAUCUCAGGACAGAUGGCCUUGACCCUGGAGGAAGAGGACCUGCCUAGUACAGUCACCAGUGAUCCAGAUUACCACAACGAUGGUAUGUAUGGAGCUAUAGUCCCGAGGGUUGUGCCAGCAGGAACCAUCACCCGGAGAGCAGUCGAAAAAACAUGGAUGACAGCCAGUAACGCCUAUGUGGACAGGGUAGGGAGUGAAAUGAAGUCCAUGAUCCAGUCUCCCCCUGGGUACCACUUUGUAGGGGCUGAUGUGGAUUCCCAGGAACUGUGGAUUGCGGCCGUUAUAGGGGACUCCAAACACAGAAUACAUGGCUCCACCCCUUUUGGCUGGAUGACUCUCCAGGGAAAUAAGACUGAUAAGACAGAUCUACACAGCAAGACUGCAGAGACAGCGGGGAUCUCUAGGGACCAUGCCAAAAUCCUGAACUAUGGUAGAAUUUAUGGAGCAGGACAAAAGUUUGCAGAGACUUUGCUGAUGAAUUUUAAUCAUAAUCUGUUGCCUACAGAAGCAUCAGCCAAAGCCAGGAAACUGUAUGAAACAACUAAAGGUAAAAGGAAACGUGGAGAGAAAGUUUGGGAGGGAGGAACAUCUAUAAAUGAUGGCAGUGAGAGUGAGAUGUUUAACAUGUUAGAGUCCAUAGCCCGGUCAGCCUCCCCAAAGACACCAGUCCUAAAGGCCUCCAUCAGUAAAGUGUUGGAACCUGAGAUCAUUGGGGACGAGUUUAUGACGAGCCGCAUUAACUGGGUGGUGCAGAGCUCGGCAGUGGACUACCUCCACCUGAUGCUGGUGUGUAUGAACUGGCUCUGUAACCAGUAUGACAUCGACGCGCGGUUCUCCAUCAGUAUCCACGACGAGGUGCGCUACCUGGUGUCCAGUAAGGACCGGUACAGGGCGGUUCUGGCUCUACAGAUCACCAAUCUUCUCACCCGUAGCAUGUUUGCUCGAGCUCUAGGAAUGAACGAUCUACCUCUGUCUGUUGCCUUCUUCAGCAAAGUGGAUAUUGACCAGUGUCUGAGGAAAGAAGUGGGUCUGGAAUGUAAAACUCCGUCCAACCCUAGUGGUAUGGAGAGAGCUUACAACAUCCCUUUUGGCGAGGGACAAGACAUUUACCAGACAUUACAAAUCACGAACGGGUCGCUUAGUGCUGCGGAGGAAUUGCAAGAAAGAAAGACAGAAUUUGCCUAAAAGUGAAUUUUAAAUAGUUCUGACGCGUUUUAGACAGGGAUAUAUGCUUAAUUUACUUUUUAUUUGCAUUGGCGUAAUUUGUACCGUUCCCACUGAUAGGAGCUAUGUUCGUUUUUAUAACGAAAUCUUGUUAUAUUCAAAUCCUUGGACCGGUGCUAAAAAUGUUUUGUUUGUUUAGAGCUGGACACUCUCACAGGUUGAGAAGUUUUAACCCUUUUGUUGUUGUUUAUUUGCACUGCUCGCUGUAGUGCAUACCGUUAUAACUACUUUUUGCAAAAGUAUAUUGUAAUUUCAAUAAAAGUACAAAAACUUCA